AUGAUCACUGUAAGCUGUUACAAGUUCCACCGAAUUACGUCUCGCUUCGUUAGACUGUGGCGAAAGGUUCAAACCGUUUCAGAUUACCUUACAUUUCCAUUAGCUUUUCUUUGCUGCCAGGGUGUUGGAAUGCCACUCUCCGAAGCUACUUCCUCUGAUAUUAAGGAUGGAGCAAUAAAACAGCUUAAAUACGAUGUUGCCAGUAUGGAAAAUCACAGAACGAAACAACAUGGUCAUCCAGCACUAAUCGAUCCUGGACGAUCUUCCGGUGAGCCUCUCAGUGAAGGUCACUACACUAUCGACUUUGCCCCAGCACCUGGAGAUAAUGAGGAGACAGCCAUGAGGUGCCAAGACUUUUGGGAGAUGAUCACAAACGAAAAACAACUAGAAGGAUUCAUGGCAAACCCGGUGAAUAUAAUGGAGUCGCUUCAAGAGGAGAACCAAUCAGAGGCAGAGAGCAGUCAAGCGCCCACAUUUGAAAUUAAUGAAGCAAACAAUUUCCCGGCAAUCAAUGCCAUUAAAACGCUCAACAAGAAAGGACUCGCUGCAUCCAUUUUUGGGACUGGAAAAAAGAAAUCAAUUUUUUAA